AUGUCGCUCGCACCGAUCGCCGCGCGCGUGAUCGAUUCGCCACGGCAUCGCGCGCGCGUGGAGACCCGUCGUCGCGUGCGCGCGCGCGCGUCGCGCGAAGAUGACCACGUCAUCGCGCGCGUGCGACGACGCGACGCCGUGUCCGCCGCUCUGGCGCUCGCGCUCGCGCUCACGCCCGCCGAGGCCGAGGCGAUCGGGUUCAAGAAGGAACUGAAGAAGCGAGAGAGCAACGGGGGCGCGGCGCUGGACGCGGAGACGGCGGGGUUUGAGUUUAGAGGCGAGCCGCACGGAGGCGUGCGGUACGCGGACGUCGUCGAGGGUAAGGGAAAGACGAUCGAGAAGGGUGCGCUGGCGACGCUGCACUUUGAGUGUAAAUACCGUGGGCUGACGGUGUCGACCACGCGUGAGGCGCGAACGCUCGGUGGGAACCGAACGAUCAGCGAACCGUUUCAGUUCAAGUACGGGACGCUGCCGAAUGAGUUCACCAAGGCGGCAAAGAGGAAGAACAUCAUAGGUGUCGGUAUGGAGGUGCGAAUCGAUCCCGAUUUGAACGAGUUGUACGUCGUGAAGUGUGUGUUCAACGGACCGGCGGAUCGGGCGGGGAUCAAGUCGAACGACGUCAUCCUCGAAAUCGACGGCGUCGGCGACCUGGUCGACAAACCGAUCCAAGAGGUCGGCGCGCUGCUCACCGGAGACGUCGGAACGGAGGUUCGUUUAAAGGUCAAAAAGGGUGGUUCUCGAAAUGGGCCUGAUGCUCCGGUUGAAAAUGUGACGUUGACGAGAGAGGUCACCGCCGUCGCGACACCGAAGCGCGAGGUCCAACUCGAAGGCGGUGGGGGUCUUUUCACCGGUGGAAGCGGUCCCAAGCCGCCGCCGCUGAUUUAUGUCCCUGAAGCUCUCGCGGGUAUGCAGGUUGGCGGCCGCCGUAAGUUCAUCGUUCCCUCGGAUGUUGGAUUUGAGGACGUCGGAGAAGGCGAAAUCCCGCCUGGCGCGACGUUUGAACUGUACGUUGAUUUACUUGACGUCGAAAUCAAGUAG